UCGCGAUGAGAGGAAACUGAGCUGCAGACGCGACAUCUCACUCACUGAAAGCUCUCGUUCAAGAAGCCGAGCCCCACCGCCCGCUAAGCAUGAGAUCUCACAUAUGAAGAACUCAUAGUGACAUCCUCCCCCAGUUCUCGCCUUCAAGUUCCAUAUUUCUGAUACCCCUUUGAAAUUCCACGCUUUUUGUUUUCACCAUUGGCACUCACUCUCGUUUUCUUUGUGCCUGCCUUACCUCGUCAAGCUAGCAACCGCUGCAAGGAAGUCUCGAGACUCACCUCCAUCUGAGUUAUCAGAAGCACCAAAACCGGUUCCAAGGAGAAGGGGAGAAAGAAACAUAUCACACAUACAAACGAAGCGAUGUCUACCCCAUCGGCAAUGUUCGACAUGACGCAAGGUCGUCGCGACCUAGCCGCCCUACCCUCCGACUGGCAACAAAACAUCAGAGAAGCUUGGGAAGUCGUCGACCAACAAGGCCUCGGCUCCCUCAACGCGCGCGAGUGGCCCUUUGCCCUCCGCGCCAUCGGCUUCGACCUGGCCCGCACAGAGACCUACGCCCUCCUCCUCGCCCACGGCGUCCCGCCGCAUGACCACGACCCCUCGCGGGGCCCCUGCAGCCCGUCCCGCCUGCGCAUGCCGCAGGAGCACUUCUCCGCCAUCGCGGCGUGGCUGCUGAUGCGCCGCGACCCGCAGGAGGAGGCCGAGGACGCGUGGAAGAUGUUUGACCCCCGCGGCACGGGGCGGGUCACGCUCGAGAGUCUGCGGGCCGUGUGCGGCGAGGUGAAUUCUACGCUGAGCGAGGCGGAUAUGAGGAGGAUGAUUGACAUGGCGGAUAUUUCGGGCAAGGGGUGGGUUAGUAAGGAGGAGUUUAUUGAGGUUGCCAAAGGCGGGUUUGGACGUGGUUGA